AGCAGUGCCGGAAGUGUUGUCGGUUUGCCGCACGCGGUUUUGCCGGCGGUGCGGCAGCUCAGUCCUCUCGGAUCAGCUGCGUCUCUCGAGUCUUGGUAAGAUGCGUUACGACGGCGGAACCGGGUCCCGUGAUCCGGAUCAGACUAGAACCUGACUCCGGGGUAACUGACCGCUCUGGUUCUGAAGCGGCAUGAGCGCAGCGGAGGCGGCGGCGGCGCAGAGAGAGUCGAGGCGCUGACAGACGCGGUUAGCCGCGGUUAGCCGCGUUAGCAGCUAACGACGCGAUGAACGCGGAGGGAAGCGGAACGAUCCGCAGCCGCAUCAAGAACCUGCUCAGGUCCCCGUCAAUCAAACUGAGGAGGCGGAGCGACAGCGCGCGGCACAAACAGGAGCUGGGCGACAAGGUGGUUCUGGAAAAGGUUCUGGGAAUCACAGCUCCAGGAAACCGAGCUCUGACCUUUGACCCUCGAACUGGACUGUUGGCUUAUCCUGCAGGGUGUGUUGUCGUUCUGCUGAAUCCUCGGAAGAACAAACAGCUUCACAUCUUCAACAGCUCCAGGAAGGCGAUCACCACAUUAGCAUUUUCUCCAGAUGGAAAAUACAUAGUCACAGGAGAGAGUGGUCACAUGCCUGCAGUCAGAGUGUGGGAGGUGUCAGACAGGUGUCAGGUGUCUCAGCUGCAGGAACAUAAAUACGGAGUCUCGUGUGUCUCGUUUUCUCCAAACGGAAAAUACAUCGUGAGCGUGGGCUAUGAACACGACAAGAUGGUCAACGUGUGGAACUGGAAGAAAAACGUGGUGGUCGCUGCUAACAAAGUAUCCAGUAAAGUCACCGCCGUCUCCUUCUCUGAUGACAGUUCUUACUUCGUUACCGCCGGCAACCGACAUGUUAAGUUCUGGUACCUGGACCACGCCAAGACCUCCAAGGUGAACGCCACAGUUCCUCUCCUGGGGCGUUCAGGUCUUCUCGGUGAACUCAGGAACAACUUCUUCAGUGAUGUGGCAUGUGGGCGUGGCCGAAGCUCCUCCUCCACCUUCUGCAUCACCUCCUCAGGUUUACUGUGUGAGUUCAACGACCGACGCCUUCUGGACAAGUGGGUGGAGCUUCGGAGAGUGGACUCAGCCUCAGCGUCUCAGUCCACCUGUCUGUCCGUCACAGAGGACUUUAUCUUCUGUGGUUGUUCUGAUGGAACAGUUCGUGCGUUCAGUCCUGUUAACCUGCACUUCCUCUGCACACUGCCCCGCCCACAUCACCUGGGCGCUGACAUCACCAGGAUGGUGGACGCCAGUCAGCUGUUCUCCUCCAGGUCAGACGCUCGUUACCCGGACACAGUAGCGGUGACCUUUGACCCCACAAACCGCUGGCUGUCGUGCAUCUACAACGAUCACAGUGUUUAUGUUUGGGAUGUUCGUGACCUCAGGGACCUUCGCAGGGCGGGAAAACUUUACUCCGCCCUCUACCACUCGUCCUGUGUGUGGAGUCUGGAGGUGUCUCCAGAGGGAGGAGGAGGAGGACAGAUGUGUCUCCCCCCUGGCUCCUUCCUGUCCUGUUCCUCUGACAACACCAUCCGUCUGUGGAACCUCAAUGGACAAAAUGUCCUUGACAGGAACAUCCUGAGCCACGACCUGCAAAAGGUCAUCUACGUGGACGAUAACUUGUCGAGCCUCUUGGAUACGGACAGCUUUGCCGUUGCCGGUGGUAACACGGAGAAGGCGGGGUCAUCGUGUUCAGAAGGGCAGCAGACUGACCAGAACAGGAUGGGUAUUAGGACCCUGACAGUCAGUCCUGAUGGACAGCACCUGGCCUCUGGAGACCGCAUGGGAGUCCUCAGGGUCCAUGAGGUGGAGACGAUGGAGGAGAUUCUCAACGUUCAGGCUCACGACUCUGAGAUUCUCUGCCUCGAGUUCUCCAAACCUGAAACUGGUCUUCGGUUGUUAGCGACGGCGAGUCGCGAUCGUUUAAUCCACGUUCUGGACGCAGCUCGAGAUUACAGUCUGGUCCAAACACUGGAUGAACACUCAUCGUCCAUCACUGCCGUACGAUUCGCCGCCAAUGAAGGGAAAGUUUGGAUGAUCAGCUGUGGAGCCGAUAAAAGCGUUUACUUUCGCACAGCUCAGCAGGUGGAGGCAGGAUUGGAGUUCACACGGACUCAUCACGUGGUCAGAAAAACCACUCUGUAUGACAUGGACGUUGAGCCGACCAGGAAGUACGCUGCAGUGGGCGGGCAGGACCGCAGCAUCAGGAUCUUUAACAUCAGUAACGGGAAACAAAAGAAGAUCUAUAAAGGCUCACAGUCAGAGGACGGCACGCUCAUCAAGGUACAGAUCGACCCGUCAGGUCUCUACAUCGCCACCUCCUGUUCAGACAAGAACAUCAGUAUCUUUGACUUUUACUCUGGAGAAUGUGUGGCCUCCAUGUUUGGACACUCAGAGAUUGUAACAGGUGUGAAGUUCAGCAGUGACUGCAGACACCUGAUCACUGUCUCUGGAGACAGUUGUAUCUUCGUGUGGCGUCUCAGUCCUCAGUUGACCAUCAGGAUGAGGCAGAGACUCACUGACCUCAGAUCAGCCAAUCACAGCUCCAGCACACAGAUUGAGGCUCCGCCCACAGCAGCCACACUCAGCAGGGCGGCAGCAGCGUCUCCUCGAGUCGUCACCAUGUCGUCAGACAGCGACAAAGAUGAGGAGGAGGAGCUGUGCUCUCCUUAUAUGGGCACAGCUGGAAGUGUGGAGGAGGAGCCAGACGUUUGUGACGACGCGCUGAUCACGGAGGACGGCGGCGCUGAGUGUGUGUUUCCUCAGGGGGCGUCAGCAGGAAGUCGACUCCCUCGCCGCCGCUGGUCCAGGAAGAUGGGCGGAGCAGACGGCGUCCUGAUGGUCAAAUCGAUGUUGGACCUGAGACAACUGGACGAGGAGAGGAGUGGCCAAGACAUGGAGGCGGGGCUUCAGAGAACCAAUGUGGAGCUGGGGAGUACUGUCAGUCUGCAGGUUCAGGACGAGUCGAGGACCAAUCAGAGACCAGACUUCAUCCUGCUGUCCAAUCACAGUCCACAAGGGGAAGACGCGGCGCUGUUUCCUGAUCAGUGGGAGGACAGAGUGAGUCUGGCCGGCAGUGAGUUCCAGGUAAAGGAGGCGUGUCGUCCUUCUGCCCCUGGUGGACAUCGGGACAAACCUAGUCCAGACAGCGGCUGCUCGCUCGACUUCAGCUCCACACUGACCACUCCAACCAGACCUGCAGGAGACGACUCGGAGAAGACGGUUGUAGACGAGAAUUCCUCGGAGCUGGAGGACGAUGACGACGGAGGGGGCGGAGCCUAUCAGACUGUCCCUCAGACUCCAGACCAGGAAGCUUUUCUGAAGGAACACUUUGUCACACUGUCUGACCACUCAGGGAGUCCGAGCAGAGCGAGCCACAGCUCAACUGAGAGUCUCAGCAUCUCCUCCAGGUUCCUGUCCCACAACUCAGCUGGAAGUCGCGCUGUGUUUCCUCUUCCAUCUCGGACCAGCAGAGAAGUCGGAGCAGGAGACAUGAAGACGCGUCCUCUGGUCUCUGAAGUCCGACCUCUGAUGGAGCAGGAGCAGAACCAGAACAGGAGCCAGGACAGGAAGGUUUCAUGGCACCAGGAUCAAACACAGACUCAAGACCAGGUACAUAUCCAGACCAACCAGGACCAAGCACAGCCGCCUCAGGAGGAGGACACCUGCCAGAAGUUGUCUCCUCCUCUGAAGAAGGUCCAGACAGCUGUGGAGUCCAGGAGGAAUGUGGGCCCGACGGCCCGGGCUGCAGCCUCACAUCUGAACUCCACCUGUGGACUCAGGAAGACACAGUCUGUCCACAGCCUGCUGAGUGACACAGGUGACCCCUCCCUCUUGACCGCUCAUCCAUCUGGAGAGGUCCCUCAUCAGCUGCUCCUCCCCCUUCAGCGUCCCACCACCCUUCCGUCCUCCCCCAGGCGUCUGCCCGCUCAGAGACUCGGUCCUGUGUCCCCCAGGUCCCCGCAGCAGGAGACAGCUCAGUCUGUCACUGUUGGACAGAGAAAGUCUUCCUCGCCGUUGUCCUCGUCCACACCGGCGCCACGGUCCUACAUGAGCCCGACCACCAGCUCCAUGGCCAAGAUGUCCCGCUCCGUCUCCAUGGGCGACGGCCUGAACAUCUCUGACCCUGUGGAGGACGCCGUGGUGACGUUGUCCUGCUCUCAGAUCAAAGACACUACACCUCCUCCGGUUGCCGUGGUUCCCUCCAACGCAGCUCUGGCCGCACCUCCUCAAGCUGCUAUUGUCCCCGUUGUUGCCUCCUCCUCCUCACCGAGUAACCAUAGUAACCAGGUACCCCCUCCCCCCCGCAGUCUACAGACUCGGGUGUCCAGCAGCAGACCACUUCCAGACAAACCCUCCCUCACCUCCUUCUCGCUGUCGACUCGUCCUCCGGUCCCCGUCUCCCCCCUGACUCCCCCCCCGCCUCAGACUCCUGCAGGAACCAGUGCUGAACAGAGAGACCACCCAGACCUGCCAAUCAGUGUGGAGAGCUGCAGAGCUUUGACCAAUGAGCUGCAGAGCUGCUUUAAGAGAGCCACACACCUGUACAGACAGGUGAGCGGCUCUUCCACUGAUGGCUCCGCCCCUGACCAGCAGAUGGCAGUGCUCCUAUCAGAGGCCUUCCAUGCCAUGAGGGUGGAGCUGGACUGUUUGCCACUGAGUGAGCCGAGCAUGCUGGGAGGAGUGGGGGAGGUAAAGAUGGCGGCUCUGCUGGAGGAGUACUCUCUGCUGCUCCUACAGGCCGUUCAAAGGAAGGUCAACAGCAGCAUGUCCUGAAGUACACUCCUCCUCCUGGUCUUGGCUCCGCCUCUGUUUUUAAUCCUGACCUCAGAUGUUUGGCGGGGUCGUGAUAUUUUUAACGACUCUUUCGGGGACUCUUGAAUUCGUGAAUCUAGAGGAUUAUUGAGACUUGUCUUGUCACUGAUUUGAACUAACUUUAUCGUUCUCUUAUCUUAACACUUUUUUAGAAAAAAAAUACACUUUUGUGGGGUUUAAAUCUGGGUCAAAGUUCAUCUUUUCAUGUUUUUGACUAAUUUUAAAAUAAAACUUCAGGGCUUCUUUUCA